GGAGGAGCCGCCCGGUCCCCCCGUCCCCUGCCGGGGCGCCGGGAGCCGCGCGGCAGCGGGAGCGCGGGGCCCCGCGCCAUGGGCGGGCGGCGCGGAGCGCGCAGCCGGCCCCGCCGCAGGUAGCCGCCCGCGGAGCCCGGCAUGAGCUGAGAGCGGGCGCCGAGCAUGGCGAGCGCCCUCGGCCCGCGGCGGCUCCUCUUCGCGCUGCUCUGCGCCUGGGCCGGCGUGCCCCGCAGCGGACAGCAAGUGCUGCGCAUCGGAGGGAUAUUUGAAACUGUGGAAAAUGAACCUGUUAAUAUUGAAGAAUUGGCUUUCAAGUUUGCAGUCACCAACAUUAAUAGAAACAGAACACUGAUGCCUAAUACCACAUUAACCUAUGACAUCCAGAGAAUUAACCUUUUUGAUAGUUUUGAAGCCUCAAGGAGAGCAUGCGACCAGCUUGCUCUUGGUGUAGCUGCUCUGUUUGGACCUUCCCACAGCUCCUCUGUCAGUGCAGUGCAAUCCAUUUGCAAUGCACUUGAAGUCCCACAUAUUCAGACCCGAUGGAAGCACCCAACAGUGGAUAUCAAAGAUGCAUUUUAUAUCAACCUCUAUCCAGACUAUGCAGCCAUCAGCAGAGCAGUUUUGGAUCUUGUACUAUACUACAACUGGAAAAUAGUAACAGUAGUAUAUGAAGACAGCACAGGUCUAAUUCGCCUGCAAGAGCUCAUCAAAGCCCCUUCUAGAUACAACAUUAAAAUCAAAAUCCGCCAGCUGCCCUCUGGGAACAAAGACGCCAGGCCUUUACUCAAGGAGAUGAAGAAGGGCAAGGAGUUCUAUGUGAUAUUUGAUUGCUCACAUGAAACGGCAGCAGAAAUCCUUAAGCAGAUUCUGUCCAUGGGAAUGAUGACUGAAUACUACCACUACUUUUUUACAACACUGGAUCUGUUUGCAUUAGACCUGGAACCCUACAGAUACAGUGGAGUAAAUAUGACAGGAUUUCGCCUGCUCAACAUCGAGAACCCUCAUGUUUCAUCAGUCGUUGAGAAAUGGUCAAUGGAACGUCUGCAGGCGCCACCGAAACCAGAGACUGGCCUCCUGGAUGGCAUGAUGACAACUGAAGCAGCUCUGAUGUACGAUGCUGUUUACAUGGUAGCAGUGGCCUCCCAGCGUGCCUCCCAAAUGACUGUCAGCUCCCUGCAGUGCCACAGACAUAAGCCAUGGCGUUUUGGACCCAGAUUUAUGAAUCUGAUAAAAGAGGCACGGUGGGAUGGCCUGACAGGGCGCAUAACCUUCAACAAAACGGAUGGCUUACGGAAGGAUUUUGAUUUGGACAUUAUUAGCCUCAAGGAGGAAGGAACAGAAAAGGCUGCUGGCGAGGUUUCUAAUCAUUUAUAUAAAGUGUGGAAGAAGAUUGGGGUUUGGAACUCAUACAGUGGCCUUAACAUGACAGACAGCAAUAAGGACCGAUCGACCAACAUUACAGAUUCCUUGGCUAACCGGACACUCAUUGUCACCACCAUUUUGGAAGAUCCCUAUGUUAUGUACAAGAAGUCUGACAAGCCCUUGUAUGGAAAUGACAGAUUCGAGGGUUAUUGCCUGGACUUACUGAAGGAGCUGUCAAAUAUUUUAGGCUUCAUCUAUGAGGUCAAACUAGUUUCUGAUGGUAAAUAUGGAGCCCAGAAUGACAAAGGAGAGUGGAAUGGGAUGGUCAAAGAGCUCAUAGAUCACAAAGCUGAUCUGGCCGUUGCUCCUCUCACAAUUACCUACGUAAGAGAGAAAGUAAUUGAUUUUUCAAAGCCCUUCAUGACGCUGGGAAUCAGCAUCUUAUAUAGGAAGCCAAAUGGAACAAACCCUGGUGUUUUCUCCUUUUUAAACCCUCUUUCUCCUGAUAUUUGGAUGUAUGUUCUCCUAGCCUGCCUUGGGGUCAGUUGUGUCCUCUUUGUCAUUGCAAGGUUUACACCAUAUGAAUGGUAUAACCCCCACCCGUGCAACCCAGACUCAGAUGUGGUGGAAAACAAUUUUACUUUACUAAAUAGUUUCUGGUUUGGAGUUGGAGCUCUCAUGCAGCAAGGAUCAGAGUUGAUGCCCAAAGCUCUUUCUACCAGAAUAGUUGGAGGAAUAUGGUGGUUUUUCACCUUAAUCAUAAUCUCAUCCUAUACUGCCAACCUGGCUGCCUUCCUAACCGUGGAAAGGAUGGAAUCCCCCAUUGAUUCAGCAGAUGAUUUGGCAAAGCAAACCAAGAUAGAGUAUGGGGCUGUUAGAGAUGGAUCCACAAUGACCUUCUUCAAGAAAUCCAAAAUAUCAACAUAUGAGAAGAUGUGGGCGUUCAUGAGCAGCAGGCAGCAGACAGCGCUGGUGAAGAACAACGAUGAAGGAAUCCAGCGCGUGCUCACAACAGAUUAUGCACUGCUGAUGGAGUCGACCAGCAUAGAGUAUGUGACUCAGAGAAACUGCAAUCUCACCCAGAUUGGGGGGCUCAUUGAUUCAAAAGGCUACGGCGUGGGAACUCCUAUUGGGUCUCCUUACAGGGACAAGAUCACCAUCGCCAUCCUCCAGCUCCAAGAGGAGGGAAAGCUCCACAUGAUGAAGGAAAAGUGGUGGCGAGGCAAUGGCUGCCCUGAGGAGGACAGCAAAGAAGCCAGUGCUCUCGGGGUGGAGAAUAUUGGGGGUAUCUUCAUAGUGCUCGCUGCAGGGCUUGUUCUUUCAGUGUUUGUAGCCAUUGGUGAAUUUAUAUAUAAAUCAAGGAAAAACAGUGAUAUUGAGCAGUGUCUUUCUUUCAAUGCGAUAAUGGAGGAGCUUGGAAUUUCACUCAAGCACCAGAAGAAGUUAAAGAAAAGGUCAAGAACGAAGGGGAAGUCUUCAUUCACAAGUAUCCUUACUUGUCACCAGAGGCGGACACUGAGGAAAGAAACCAUAGCGUGAGCAAGAGAGACCCCUUUGAGGAAAUAUCAGGAACAAAAAACAAAAACAUUGCUGCCUACAAGUUGAUUGUGGUGGGGUUUCUGAAAUGCCGACAUUUACCUUGUUCUUCAGAAAUUCUCUGUGGUUUCUUUUUUUUAAUCUAGAGGUACAACAGUUUAAAUGUUCACAUAGACUGAUGUACUACUAAUCAUCUGGGAAGUGUCUCACUAUUUCUUUUGAGAUGGAUUUGUAUGCUCGCCUGUCUUGCAUCUCUCUUCCCCUCCCCAUGCAUCGCUGUAUGUGCUUUCUAAAUAAAUAAAUAAACAAGAGACAGGGUUCUUUUUUUCCAAUAAUCUGGGAGUGGAACUUUUUUUUUCCCUUUUGAAGAGAAGAUUGCGAUUCUACUGAGCACAGUUGUUUAGAAACCAAGACAUGGACAACCAAAGUAAAAAUUCAUGUAAUUAGCUCAUAAGCAAUGACUAACAAAUGUAUUAAAUACUGAGGUACCCAGCAUUAAGUUAUUUGUAUUUUCUCUGAUAUUUUAAGGAACACUCUUUGGGUUCUUUUCUGUGAUAAAAAUUGUUUUUCCUUAUCUUUUCUCUUUCUAAUUUCUUUUAAAAUACAAUUAUUAGGUAAUACCAUGGCUCCAGGUUCUAGAUGUUCAAAAAGAAAAACCAAAAUCACAGAAGUAUUGAUCAGUGAACAGGGGAAGACAACAUGGACAUCAUCACACUGCCGUAUCCUCCAGCUCCUGAUACCAAUAAAACAAUUCUUGACUUCAAAAUUAAAAUCCCUUAGAAGUAAGAGCCAAGAAAAUUCAAUUUAUACUGAAUCUUGACCACAAAGAUAAUAACAUCUCAUAGGAAUGCAGCCAGCAUUCUGAAAUUGAAACCUUUUCUUGUAACGGCUGGGGACAUCGGCAAAAUGUUUUAACAGUGAAGGAGAAAUUAAGUCUUUUUUGUAAAGAAACUUCUGUCUGAAGAAUAGUGAUGCAUUACAGCAGCAAAUCCCUCCAUCCAGCCCCUCAGAAACUGUUCCCUCAGAAUCUGUUGCUUUAUAUUGCAGUGAGGUGAAGCAUGUUUAUAUUAUUGCUGUGAUGUCUCUAUGAUUAAUUCUGUUGUUCCUAAAGAUUUUAUUGGUGCCAGCUUAGGCAGUUAGGUCUGAGGAUGCCUGCAAAACGGAAUGGGUGAAAUGCAGGCACACACACACUUCAAGGGAUGAAGGUGGGUGUAGGAGAUGGAUGUUCCUCGUGCCCAGCAGCUGGGAGCUGUACCCCUGCCUUCCUACAUGCCAGAUUAUAUAAGAAGACCUAGUCUGUCCGGAGCAAUCUCACCACAAUGACCACAUAGAAUCACUAGGUUGGAAAAGACCUCCAGGAUCAUCAAGUCCAACUUUUCCUAUCUGCCACUAAACCAUGCCCCUGAGCACCUUGUCUCCCCAUCUUUUAAAUACCUCCAGGGAUGGUGACACAACCCCCUCCCUGGGCAGCCUCCGCCAGUGCCAGAUGACCCUUUCUGUGAAAAUUUUUUUCCUGAUCUCCAGUCUGAACCUCCCCUGGCACAGCUUGAGGCCAUUCCCCCUUGUCCUGUCCCCUGUCACUUGGGAGAAGAGGCCAGCUCCCUCCUCUCUACAACCUCCUUUCAGGUAGUUGUAGAGAGCAAUAAGGUCUGCCCUCAGCCUCCUCUUCUCAAGGCUAAACAACCACAGUUCCCUCAGCUGCUCCUUGUAAGUCUUGUUCUCCAGCGCCUUCACCAGCUCUAAUCCUAAGGCAAGGCUGAAAAAGGGAACCAGAGGACUGAAGCCACUGAUUGCUUUUUUGCGCAGCACAUGGAGCCAGGUGAGCCCGAGUUGUAUCAACAAUAUUUGCUUCAACUUGUGGCAAUGUUCAUUACCCAAGUACUUCAACAAAGUGUUUUUAUUGUUCUUCUUACAUUCCUCCUGGGAGCUUAGUGCUUGCUAUUGAUUGCCUUUCCCGUGUACCGAUGGCCAUUUCCUCUGCAAAAGAAGAAUGUAAUGUGAAAGCCUUUGAGUGGAGAAAUGUCUCCUCCAACUUCGCCUCACACCACUGCUCUCUGUGAGCUUUUACGCUGUGCUAAAUGGCAAGGCAAAUCUGCAACAAACUGUAUUGCUUCUAAAAGCCCUGCCUCAUACAUUUUGAUAUUAUAGACUGUAAGACACUUCUAUUCAUUUAGCUGUUUCACAGGAGUUAAGUUUUCUAAACCUUUCAUCACUACCACUGCUUUCCCCAAGGGUCUCUGUAAUUAUUCCAUAUCUUUCUUAAAACACAAUUCCCAAAAUUAGAUCUGCUUCUCCACCAUGCCGAGUUGGGCAGAAGAAUGUCUUCAUGUGUCUCAAAGGCCUUUUGUGACCUUUGUGAGGAGAUCUCCUUGCCUGAAUUGGGUAAGGUGGGUGACCUCCCAUUGUUACAGGCAAUAACUAUUUCAGCCUGAGUUUAGGCUCCAUCACCAUGUAGGAUUGUACGCUUUUGUGGUGGGUUGUUGUUGGUUUGUUUUUUACUGAACUGUUUCCCCAGUCUCUCAAGAUCAGUCUAUCCCCAGACAUACUGGUUACCAGAACCUGCUUGGUAAUACCUGCAAAUUUAGCAAAUGUACUCAUUUAAAACCAUCCAUAAAGGACAUACAGAUGGUGGAUAAACUGUUGUAGAUCCCCCAAUAUUAACAGUGAAGCUCUAGGAGUUAAUAGGACAGUUAAUAACAUUUUCCACUACCGUACGGUAUAUGUCAUCUGGCCUAUGGCCCUACUUGUUUAUGAAAAUGUCAUGCAGGACAGGAUCAAAGGCUUCUCAAGGACCCCUUCUCUCACCCACAGGGCCCAUUAAGCUAUUAAUGAAGGAAAUUUAUCAGAUUAACAAGACCUGGCUUUGACAGAUUCAUAAUAACUCUUGCUCAUUUCCUACCAAUUACUUACAGAGUAGUUAUUUCAUGCAACUCUUUGCCAGGCAAAUAAAGUAAAGAUGACCAGCCAAAAACUCCGUGUUCUUCUUUUCCUUCCUUUGAAGAUACGAAUUAUUAUUACUGUUUUCCAGCAUCUCUUAUGGACUGUGUCUAUGCUCCAGAGGUUUCUCUCAGGAGGUUUAAGGCAAUCAGCCUUUGGGGAAGGAAUGAGAAGAGUCUUUUUUAAAGUGACUAUAGUAGGAAGUUCUAAAAUCAGUGCUUGCCUUUGGGAAGUUUAGUCUGCUAUAUGCUGCAAUGACACAUUGGGCUGAUCAGUAAUCAUUAAGAAAACCAGCCCCUGGCCUUGAGUGCUCACAGAGGAUCUUAUAAUAAGGUGCUCUCAUACUUCCAAAGGUAGUUUCAUUUAUUUAUGUGACCAUCAAGUUACAAAUAGGCCAUUCAGACCACCAGUACUGUUCUAAUACCAGGAUUGAAAAGCGUGUUAUUAUUUUUCAGCCUUUGUAACUCUGUUGUUCUGCUAUCCACAGCCUUCAGCUAAGAUAUUUUUAAAUGAGUAAAUUCAAAGUAAUAAAAUAUUGAUGAUCGAGCCUUUUUUUUUUUUAUUAUUAUGGUUUUAAAGGAACACUCUUCUGUGGCUAAAAGCUUGAAGUUAAAGAAUUCCAUGUUCAUUUUUUUUUAGAAUUUUCUAAUGUUUUCCUGAAAAUAAGAAACAGUACUUUGUUUGGUAAUUUUUUACGUUUCUACUUGCCCAUAGGUAUUAGUGGUCUACCUCUUAUAAAAAGGUGCUGGGAAAAAAAAUCAGGCUCUUUGCUGCCUGGGAAGAAAUACGUGACAGCAGGAAAACCAUAUUUGGUUCUUCUUUCUUCAUAAAGCAUAUUUGGUUCUUCUUUGAUUUCCCUUUUUCCUUUUUAGUAGCUUGAAAGAGUCACGGCAUAUCAGGAAGAUUCUGUGUUAAACUCAGAUGGCAGCUUAACAAACUGCACUUGCUUCAAAAGAGCUAACUCACCUGCCAUGAUUUCAUGAAGUGGUACAUCAUGAUGUGUAGCUUCACCCUUCCCUGCCAGCUCUUAGAAUGCAAGUUGGUAACUGUUUAUAAAAAAACCCCAAUAUCUCACCUCAGUAUGAAUUUUCCCCAAAGACUGGAUGGAUUUGAGGUGUGAACUACUCCAUGAAAUGGGGAUUCCCUAAAACUUCCAAGCAGCCACUGCUUUCCACCCUGACAAGUCACCCUAUCCAUCUGACCUGUUCCCUCCAGGCAAUGUUUUCUUUAUCAGC